AUGGCCUUUUUAUUUUUUCCACUUCUGUCUGUCUUUAGGUUGGUGAAGAACUUGUUCUCUUUAGCCAGAGAACACAAACCAUCGAUCAUUUUCAUUGAUGAGAUCGACUCCCUCUGUGGCUCCAGGAGCGAGAAUGAGAGUGAAGCAGCUCGCAGAAUCAAGACGGAGUUCCUCGUUCAGAUGCAGGGUGUUGGUAAUGAUAAUGACGGAAUCCUUGUCCUGGGUGCAACUAAUAUACCAUGGUCGCUGGACUCAGCUAUCAGGAGAAGGUUUGAAAAGCGAAUCUACAUUCCUCUGCCGGAGGAACAUGCCCGCUCCUCCAUGUUCAAACUGCAUCUGGGCUCCACCCCCAAUAACCUGACAGAGGCGGAUUUCGUGACUCUGGGCAAAAAGACAGAUGGCUACUCCGGAGCUGACAUCAGUAUAAUUGUCAGGGACGCCCUGAUGCAGCCAGUCAGGAAGGUUCAGACAGCCACGCACUUCAAAAGGGUAAAACCACAUAUUCUGACCUACCUAAUGUUCUCUAUACAGGCUGACAUGCUGAGGUCACAAAGCAACACCAAGCCUACGGUGAACGAGCAGGACUUGGAGAAGCUGAAGAAGUUUACUGAAGAUUUUGGUCAAGAAGGCUAAUAAUAUCUUUGUACUCAAAAAUAGGACUGCACUUAACAACUAUCUUUACUCUCAGUUAUGCUUCAGAUCAUUUGAUUCGCCUUUUCAACUGCUGUGUCAAAAAUGGUGGAAAAUGUCACAGGUUUAAUGGACCAGAGGUUGCAGCAAAUCAGUCUUACAGCUGACAAAAAAACAUUUAUCCUUUUGUCACAAUCAUAGAUCUUUUUUUUUU